CCACAAGAAUCGGAUAAGCUUUUUGCGGGGAAUUUGCCCGAGAAAAUUGUUGAAGAAUUUCUAUCAUCAACUGAAUUUUUUCCUUAAGUCAGUGUUCCUGAUAGCAAAAAAACCGCAGCUUCAUUUCUGAGGUAUUCAAAUUUAGUCUUAUACGAGGUUUAUUAGAUUCAAAUUUAGUCUUGUAUUUUUCAUUUACUAGGUUUUGACAUUUAGGCUAAAUUUCUGCUUUUGUAGGGUGUGGUUAGUUGGGGGAUUUUGUUAAAUUUUUUGGGAUUUUCUAUAAUUUUUCUUUGAGCUUUCGAAUUAAUUAUUGGGUAUUUUACAGAAAUUUGAUCACAUCCAGUGGGUUUUUGUGUUUUGAAGGGUUGCAUUUUUCAUCUAGAUAGAUAGGUAAUUUUAUGGCAUUUGAAUGCCAGCAGACUGUACCGCGCAUAGAAGAAGUUGACAAUCCUCAAGUCAUAUUGAUUAACAAUAUAAAAAAAUUUACUUUUGAGUCUGAAAAUCCAAAAUCAAUAUCGAAAUUAAAUGCCAAAACAGCCCUUUCUGUCAAUGAAAGUUUACUCAAUAAUAGUUGGCCCAUCACUGACCUUCCCCCGGCAUUGAUAUCUGAAAUCCUCAACUGCCUUGAUCCAAAAGAGCUGGGCAUUCUGUCCUGUGUCAACACUUAUUUUUAUAGGCUUGCGUCGGAGCACCAUGUGUGGAAAGAGUUUUACUGUGAGAGGUGGGGCCAUCCAAUAACACCAGACAACUUUGGGCCAGGGAAUUCGGACGAGAAGUCAUGGAAGGAGCUGUUUGUGGAGAGGGAGUUCCAUAGCAAGACUUUUAUGGGACGUUUCAGUAUUGAUACUCUAUAUGGCCAUACUGAAGCAAUUAGGGCAGUUUUUGUGUUGGCUUCUAAGAAGAUUGUUUUUACUUCGGGUUAUGAUCAGAUUGUGAGAAUGUGGGACAUGGAGGAAGGGUUGUCAAUCGCAUCAUCCAGGCCUCUUGGGUGUACUAUUCGUUCAUUGGCGGCCGAUACAAGGCUUUUGGUUGCUGGGGGUACAGAUGGAUUCAUACAUGGUUGGAAGGCAGAGGAUGGGAAUGCUCACUUAUUUGACCUCUGUGUACCUCAAAAUCAGAAUAUGGAAUUUCGAGUUUGGGAACAUGACGGUCCCAUAACUUGUCUUGCGUUGGAUUUUGGUAAGAUUUAUAGUGGUUCUUGGGACAUGACUAUAUGUAUUUGGGAUCGUUCUACUUUGAAAUGUUUGAAGGUGUUGGUGCACAAUGAUUGGGUUUGGAGCCUUGUACCUAAUGAUACUCUACUAAUGAGCACAGCAGGUUCUGAUGUACACCUCUGGGACAUCACUAGUGGAACUACUCUUGCCGUUAUUAAUAGAGCACAUGUUGGCAACACAUAUUCUCUUACGUGCAGUCACACUGGGAAGCUCCUGUUUACCGGAGGAGAAGACGGUUCUAUACACAUGUUUGGGAUCGCAAGAAAUGCUAAGUGUAAUGUGCGAAAGAUCGCAACAUGGAUUCCUCACACAGGUUCUGUUUAUUCACUUGCUUUUGAAUUCCCUUGGCUGGUUUCAGCUUCCAGUGAUGGUAAAAUCUCACUUAUUGAUGUGAGAAAAUUGUUGAAAAAGACAAGCAGGCACUCUCCAAUUCAAAAUUCUUUUGAGGGCGAUCACAUGGACCAAAAACAUGUAGAACCUCCUCAGAGAAUGCUCCAUGGGUUUGGCCGCAAUUUGUUCUCAGUUUGCAUUGGUUGUGAUCGUAUUGUUUGCGGAGGUGAAGAGGGUAUUGUCAGAAUCUGGAACUUCUCCCAAGCUCUGGAGAUCGAGCAGAGAGUCCGCACUUUAAGAGGCAUACGGCUAGAAAACAGGAUGAGGAGGCGUAAGAUCCAAAUAAGUAGUAAAGGUAGCCAGAGUGAGCAAUGUUUAGUUGCUGCAAGGAACAACCAAACCAAUGGCGAUAGGAAUGGGUGGCAUUAUAAGCACAAGCUAAGAAAAUGAAUUUGUCAUAUGCCGUACCAUUUUACAGCCAAAAUGGAACAAUUCAUGACCUUCUAACUGGAGUGAACUUUGGGGCAGCACAUGCUACCAUCCUAUACGUGGGGAGUCGAGGUUACCAGUCUCUAAACCAGCAAUUACGCCAAACUUUUGAGACUAUUCAACUAUUACAGCUUUGGCUCGG